AUGGGGAGGAGCUCCUUCGCGCCAAGUCCUCCCAGAAUCCUUCCGGAGAACCUCUACGCUAUGAAGACUGCUAGCCCAGACGUCGCUGAUAAUGUAGCAAGGCCCGGUUUCCAGGAUCAAGCCCCGAAUGCAGGAUGGCCUUGGCAUCUGCGAGUUUGCUGGAAGUCUUUCGCAAAUGCUGGCAAUCUCAACUUCCGUGAUGCGUCCCGUUCGACCCGGCGCUGUGGUUCGCAUGCGGUCAUUAUCCAUGGCCUCCUGCAUGAGGGGUCAAGACUACGGAGCUCGAAAGUACACAUCGGCAGGGUGCACGCGCUAUGGGGGAUCCCCGGUCAGCCGCAGGGUGAUCUCCCUCACGGCACUUCUUUUUAG